AUGCAGGCCAUCCGCAUGCAGAAGAUCCGGAGCGCUACGGCGCAGCUGCCGGACAACUUGGAAGUCUUGCAGAAGGCGGUGGCGGCGGUGAAAUUCAAGAAGUCGGAGGAUGCCAAGAUUGACGUGAACCCGGACAACUUCAUCAUCCCCAGCGAAAUGAUGUCGAUGCUCCGACUGUCCUACGGCUAUGAUGAUCAGCUCAUCAUACAAUGUCCCCAGGGGCACUACUUUCAAGCGCGCCAGGCCGGCGUAUCCCAGCUUGCGGUCACGUACUGCAACGUGUGCUUGGAGGACCUGAAGAAUAAGACGCAGCUGCAAGAUAUGGGGGAGCCCAGCCUUUGUCAGAUGUGUGGCUACACGAUUUGCAGCACCUGCUUGCUGAAGCGGGAGUGGAUCAACUCGCUGUUCCCGCCCAUGGGACGGGCAUGGAUGCGGCUCUUCAUUGAAGGCCUGGAGAAUCAAGGCCACGUCUUGGUCUUCGAGCGCUUCCAGCAGCUCUGGCUGGGACAGAUCUUCCGGCACUGCCGCAAGCAGCUGUUGACGAAAAGGCAGUUGCUGCUGAUUGGGGGAAGUCGCAUGACCGCGAAGCUGAUGGGCCGCUGUGUGUGGUUGCGGGAGUGCGUGGACAGCCUGGCUAGGCGGUGCUUGGGAGAGCCCGAGUCAGAGCAACUGCUGAACUCGCGAGGCGAUUCCGUGGAGAUGGUGGAGCAGGGAGGAAGCUCCAGCUCCACUGCCAGGAGAGUGAGCGGAAGGUCAAGCUUUUGCUCUUUGACUUUGACCUUACCUUGGCGGCGGUCCACGUCUUUCACAACCUCACGGGUGGUGCUGACCAGGGCAUCUGCGGCGCGCCCUUCGCCGCCACAGAGCGCGGGCAGCUGCGGAGGCUGUUCGAAUUAG